AUGGUGCAGUUUCUACUCAAGCACAGCCAUGAUGGAGUGCUCGCAAGAGGGGCUGUUAUGGAAGCAGCAGAUGCAUUUGAAGUUAGUAGGAAAACCGUGUACAGGGUAUGGAAGGCAGCCAAGGAGCUGAUGCAAAGGGGAGAACCUGCAAUUAUGCAAGGAAAGAUUAAAGGAUACCAUCAUGCUGAUCAAUUAAAAAUUGAUGAAGAAAAGGUUAGAAAUUUAUCUACUCUUGAGAGAGCUUCACUGAGAAAAAUGGCUGUCAAAUUAAAUGUUAGCAAGAGCACAUUAGGUCAGUGGGUAAAGCAUGGUAAACUAAGGCCACAUACAAAUGCAAUCAAACCUGCACUCACCAAUGUCAAUAAGAUAGCAAGGGUUAGAUGGAGUCUUAGUCAACUUCAGCCACAAAUUACUCAAGGUAGAGUUCCAUAUCAAAGCAUGCACAAUGUAGUGCAUAUAGAUGAAAAAUGGUUCUAUAUGACCAAGGCCUCAGACAGUAGACCACAUUUUGGUAUGGAUGGGCAGCCAACAUAUGAUGGUAAGGUGGGAAUAUUUCCCUUCACUGAAGUAAUGCCAGCACAGAGGAGAUCAAAGAACAGGCCCAGAGGGACCAUGGAAACCAAGGCAGUCCAUUCAGUAACAAAGGAAGUGAUGAGGGACUGCCUGAUCAACAAGAUUAUACCUGCAAUAAAGGCCAGGUGGUCUGUUUGGGCAAGUAAAGACAUCUACAUUCAGCAAGAUAAUGCAACCCCACACAUAACAGCCAUGGAUCCAGAGUUUCAAGCUGUUGCCAAUUCAGAUGGAUUUAGAAUCCAACUGAUUUGUCAACCAGCUAAUUCCCCUGACACUAACAUCUUAGACUUGGGUUUUUUUAGAGCAAUUCAGUCACUGCAGUAUGAGAAACCAUGCAAGACUGUGGAUGAACUUGUGGGGAAUGUGUGUAGCUCUUUUGCAGAGCUUUCACCACAAACACUCAACAGAGUAUUCCUAAGUUUGCAGGCUUGCCUCACUGAAAUCCUCAGGUGCAGGGGUGGAAAUGGCUACAAAGUUCCACACAUCAACAAAGAUAGGCUACAAAGAACAGUGGGACUGCCCAAUCAGCUUGAGGUGGAGGAGGAUGUUGUGAGAGAGGUGCUACAAUGGCUACAAAUGCCAGAGAACAAUUAUGGGUCAGUGUAUGAUAUAGGCCACCUGUCAAGUGCAUUUGGCAUCUAA